AUGCGUCGAACUGGUCUUCUUCUUCUUCUUCUCGCCAUCAAGGCAACCUGCCUAUCUUGCCGUUGCUAUCCAGGUGAUUCCUGCUGGCCCUCUGCGCAACAAUGGAGCGACUUCAAUGAAACCAUUGGUGGCAGACUAAUUUCCACUGUGCCAAUCGGUAGUGUAUGUCACACAGCGGGCAGAUCUGCAUCCUAUAAUAAAAUAGCUUGCAGCGCUUUGCUUUCCGACUGGGGGAAUCCGGCUACACACUAUGAGAGCCCUUCAUCUCCUAUGGCCGCCUGGUUCGCUAAUUUUUCCUGUGACCCGUUUUCGCCGUCGUACACACCCUGCAAUAUUGGCGCUUUGCCGCAAUUUACGGUCAAUGCGACCAGUAUCGACCAUUUUCGCUAUACUUUACAGUUUGUUCAGGAGCACAACAUUCGUCUAGUUAUCCGCAACACCGGUCAUGACUAUUUGGGAAAAUCAACUGGUCCGGGCGCAUUGGCAUUAUGGACUCAUCAUCUCAAGGAUUCCGAGUUUUUACAGUAUAAUUCAUCUUCCUACAAUGGCUCUGCAUUGCGACUAGGCGCUGGCAUCCAGGGUUUCGAGGCAAUGGCUCUUGCUCAUGCAAAUCAAGUUGUUGUUGUGACUGGAAACUGUGAAAGUGUUGGCGUUGCUGGUGGAUAUACUCAGGGUGGAGGCCACGGUCAACUAGCUUCCCAUUUUGGGCUUGCUGCUGACCAGGUACUUGAGUGGGAUGUUAUUACCGCCUCUGGAGAUCAUCUCACUGUCACCCCAUCCGAAAAUCCUGACUUGUUCUGGGCUAUCACUGGCGGGGGUGGAGGCACUUAUGCGGUAGUGCUGAGCGUUACGGUUAAGGCACACCCUGAGAUGGUCUCUUCUGCAGCAACCUUGACAUUUAAUGGGACAGACGUAGAGCCAGACAUCUUUUGGCAGGCCGUGCAAACUUUCGUAUUAGGAAUUCUCCCAUUGAUUGACGCUGGAGCCACUGCAAUCUGGACAAUAUCAGGAUCUAUAUUUAGUGUGACACCUAUCGCUUUACCGGGUGGCACAUAUCAACAGCUGCAUGAUGGGCUCGCCUCGACUAUAGCCUUUUUGGAUCAGUACAACGUCAGCUAUACAUACAAUGUCACUCAGUUCUCAACUUUUUGGGACAGCUAUACUGCAAUGAAUCCACAUAGCAAUGUCACAGAGGCCCAGAUCGGGGGGCGGCUAAUGCCACGGUCAACUGUGGAACAAAGCACUUCAGCUCUCAUCUCGGCUCUACGAAAUAUUGCCACACAAGGUAUUGUGAUUUCAGGUGUCUCACUCAAUGUGUCUCGCCCUGAGAUACCACUUAAUGCAGUCAACCCUGCUUGGCGUGAAGCAGCCAUUUCCUUCGUGCUGGGAACGGCUUAUGACUACACCAACCGCUCAGCAGACUUGAAAAAUCAGAUAUUAAUGACAGAUAUCGUCAUUCCCAGUCUAACCGCACUGAGUCCUGGUGGUGGUUCAUAUCUGAACGAGGCAGACUGGAACCAGCCAGACUGGCAAAGUGUGUUUUAUGGAGAGAAUUACAACACCCUAGAGGCAGUGAAGUUCAGGUAUGAUCCAAAUCAUAUCUUUUGGGCACGAACGGCUGUUGGAAGUGAGAAAUGGAUCCAAAAAUACGAUGGGAGAUUAUGCCAGGCUGUAUAA